UCGGCUUACGCAUCCUCGCCUGUAGCUCAGGCCCAACAACAGACCAACACAAAUAGACCAGUCAUAGAGUAUAGUAACCACCCAUCCGGGACCCGGGUCGCAGCAGCAGCAGCAGCAGCAGAAGGAGGAGGAGGACGACAGAAUGAUACUCCGAAUACCCUUGGCCGCAACGACAAUGACAACAACAACAACAACUGCAUCCGGCCGACGAACCGUGUCCAAGGCGCAGGACCAGAUCUCCGUGACCUUUUGCAGCGGGUACAGAAGCUCGAGCAGUCUUCAGCAUCCAGUCCUACCCAAGGGCUGUCUGAGGCUGGUACUGGUGAGAACAUACUCGCGCUCCAGUCCGGGCUUCAGGAUGCACAAAUAACCCUGAACAAAACGAGGAUAUUGAGGUGGAGCCACUGGAUGGGCGCGGCUGAAGAGUUCGAGCCCAUCAUUGCCUGCUAUACUGAGGCAUGCGGCGACGGCAAGGGAGCCUCAUUUCAAGCCCCUGAAACCAGAGCCCUGAUUGUCCAGAUGGGUGAGCUCCUCCAGAAAUGCAAAAAUAUAGCAAGAAGUCUCAAGGUAGGACGGCCUAGCAGAAAUCUCAUCUCGCGUCCCGAGUUCGGCUUUGCACCUCCCUCCCGCGAGGUGGCGGACGCGAUGGUAACCCUUUACUUCCGAUCAUUUGAGUCGACGCACCGGAUACUCCACGAACCUACCUUUUGGGCCGAGUACGAGAGGUAUUGGAGCCACCCGGAAAGUGUCAAAACUGACCUGCGUCUCAAGGUCCUUCUUGUCAUUGGGAUAGGAUCAAGUCUACAUAAGCAUGGACACACGGAUGCGGAUGCUGGGUUUCGCAAUACGGUCCAUCAAUGGGUAUAUGCUUCUCAGACGUGGCUCUCCGGGCCGUUGGAAAAAGACCGCCUGGAGAUCACCGGGCUACAGAUCCACUGCCUGACGAUUCUAGCACGCCAGAUCUUCUCAAUCGGCGGCGACCUGGUGUGGGUGUCAAUGGGAUCGCUCAUCCACAGAGCCAUGCAAAUAGGCUUCCAUCGUGACCCCAAACACCUCCCGGCCAUGUCCGUGUUGCAAGCCGAAAUCCGCAGGAGGCUGUGGGCCACCAUGGGACGCUGCACCGCAACUCCCAGUACAGGGAUCUUCUCAAGCAAGCCGUGA